AGUGACGUGUGAUUGGCUGGAAUCGAGGAAGUGUUCGUCGUCGUGACGCUCGAAAGUGUAAACACGGAAUACAUUGUAAAUCAUUUAAUUCACUCUCACAACUAAUUUGUUUGGUUAGCGAGGACUAUUUUUUUCAAAUUAAAUUCGGCUCCUACAUGACGCCAAUUGCUGCCAUGUAGGCUUGCUGACUAUCGAUGGAAAAAGUAUCAGGUGUACCUAUUGAAGUGUCCGUCGGUGAUUAUUGUGCUGAAGUCGGCGCCAAAACAGAACGAGAAGUAUUUAUAGUGUCCAUCGGUGAAUAUUCGAGUGAAGAUUGCGUCAGAACGAUCUUGAACUGUUGAUUCAAAAUGGCGGCUGGCCGGGUUCAUCUGCGACCAUGAACAUCAAAGCACAAGAAUGGAGGCCGCCCGCCUUCACCAAGGAGAAAGUGAGCCCGUGUGACUUUGAGGCGUCCCCGGCGGGGUUUUACCUCCACCAGGAGCAUCAUCAGGAGACACCGCCUCCCGUCAGCCGCCAACCUGCACAUCAUCUUCAGGGCCGCAAAGACCACCGUUGGACCGGCGGACCAGCGCUGACGGACCAGGAGGACGCGCCCACUCCCACUCCAAGUGGCGCCUUCAUCCCCGACACCCGCGGGAGACACUUCAUCAAGAGGAAAGUCCUCAGGAAGCGAGGAGGACAGUCGCUGGUCUGUGAUGAGUCCGUCUACAGCCGAGACUCUGAUAGUUCUAACAGCCUUCAUGAGCGUCUGUCCGACCUCCACUUGUCUCCACCGGCCGAGGACACUCUGAGCUCCAUGGAGGGAGUGUCCCUGAGCGGCUUCGAGUCCUUCGUCACUCGCUCGACCCGAGCAGGAAGUGACGUUGACUUCAGAGCCAAACCCAAAUCCUUCAUCAGACCCGUGCUGACCCAGCAGACCAAGAAGACGGACUGUGUGGCCAGGUACUCUCAGUACAAGCAGCUGUGGGACACAUUCAAGGUUCCUGGAGAACGCGACCACAAGGAGCUGCGCUGGGAAAUCAGGGAGCGUCUAGCCUACCAGCCUCCAGCGCCCAAAGCCCCCAGGAGCUACGUGGCCAACACCUACGUGGUGCCCACUGACAAGAAGCGCUCGGCCCUGCGCUGGCAGGUCAGGAACCACCUGGCCCUCGGAGGACCUCAUCAAUGUUCAUAUUAGUAUUUUUUUUAUUAAUAAAAGUUUUUAUCUCACA